CUGACUUGCACUUUCUGAAAGACGGCCAUGGAUGGCAACAGCUCCUUCAUACGAGGUUAUUGAGUCAUCCCCUGAUGAGGAUGCGGCAUCUUGCGCCAACACAAAUUUGUUCGGGUUAGUUCCCGUAUUUACAUUUGCUACAGAGCUGGUAUUCCGUGGAUGAGGCGACAUUGAGCUUCGCGUAGGUUCUUUAGUAUUCGUCAACGCCAAACGCGCUCGGGGUCAGUUGACGAAAUGGCGUUUUUUCAAUCUGGUUACCCCGCUCUAGGACUCGAUCCUUCCGCUACCCAUGCCAUCACGACGUCAUGGUGGAAUCUGGACCACUCGUUGAACGCCUUGAUCGAGGGGAUCAACGGUCGGAUCAGCAGCGGAGCCUACAGCAACACCGAAGGCGAAGGAAGCAGCGAGAACGAGAACAGAAGCGGAGGAUUCGCGUGGAGCGCGGAAGGGCGGAGGCGCAGGCGCGUGCGAUUCUGGCGGACUGGCGCGAGGCGGAAGGAUCUCGGGGUGCUGUGCAGACACGGGAUGGGACCACUGACGGUUGAUUACGUCAGCGGAUGCCUGAAGAGGAGCUUCCAGGAAACCGCUCUGCCCCGCUUUCAGAGAGCAAUGGGGGAAGCAGCAAGUAGUGGAGAAGGAGGAGGAGGGAGAGCAGGAGGGAGUGCAGGAGGGAGUGCAGGAGGGGAAACAAAGAGGAAGGGUAAGAAACACAGGCAGAAGGAAGCUGACGGGAAGUUACUCGCAGCUCUGAACGAGCUCUGUGCGGUGAAGUAUGCUUUCACGCUUGUGCUUGCUGACGUGGCAGCUGAGGUGGCACGGUGCAACGCCAAGCGUGGAAUUGGGAACGUGUGGGGCGACCCGUGGGGUGAGGUAGUAGGGAGAGAGGAGGUUGAGGGGGAGGAAGAGGAGGGGGAGAGCGGGGAGGAGGAGGCAGAGAGAGAAGAGGCAGAGUGGGAAGAGGAGGGAUGUGAUGACGUGGCAGCAGUUGAAGAUUUGCGGGAGAGCUUACAGGCUAUGGUGGUGAAUGCAACGCCGACACAGCUGUAUGGGCUGUUGCAAGAAUUUCUGUCCUCUCGCUUCAAGGAGGUGUCUAAGUGCAUGCGUCCAUUCUAUAAGGAGGAUGAGGAUGAAGACGAGGAAGAAGAAGAGGAAGAGGAGGAAGAAGAGGAAGAGGAGGAAGAGGAGGAGGAGGAGGAGGAAGAGGAGGAGGAGGAAGAAGAGGAGGAAGAGGAGGAGGAGGAGGCACAUUCAAAUGAUCAAGCAGCAGCAUCUGUCACUCCUACAGCCGGCACUGCCACUGCCGGUCGAGAGAGGUACGAGCAUCUUCCAGGCUCCACUCCACCAUUUGGCACGGAGACUGAGAACCUACUGGGAAGUUUCCCUGGGUUUGGAGGUUUAGAGCCGUCAGGGCAGGGGAAGGGCACGCGGAGGAGGCUGGAAGAUGAGAUGACGGCGCUUGAGUCGAGCCAGGGACGAGCAGUGGGGGUUGGGGGAGAGAGAAUAGAUGGAGGUGGGGGAAGAGAGGGAGGCAGAGGGGAGGAGGGGGAGGGCUUGGCAGGCGAGGAGGAGCGGCAGAUCCUUGCAGCGGUGCUGGAUGGAGUCUUAGAUGUAGCAGCCGCGGAGAGCGCAGACAAGGAGGGGCUUAGGGAGGGAGAGUUUGGAGAGAAAGAGGGUUUAGGAGGAGAUGGGACCGAGGACGUGGGUCUGGAGGAGGGGGGGGCGUUUGGCGCAGGGGGGGGUGUGGGCGCGUCUGUGUGUUGGGUGGGGCGGUUGGAGGAGCGGGUGGGGCGUGCGUGGGUGCGGUGCGUGCAGGGAGUGAUGCGUACGCUUGGCUUUGCUAGUCUCUCGUUCGUGGCGCACUCGGUGAUGUGCGCCGUGCUGCUGGCCCAGGUCAAGGAGCACGUGCAUGCAUCGGCGGGGGACGCUUUCGACCGUCGGAUCCUCCCCCGCCUGCAUCGCUGGCUGCAGAUCACAGCCCUGCCCUUCGUUACUAUCACCACCUCCACUGUCACCACAAGGGGCGGUACCAGCAAGGGUGCCACCAGCCGCGCAUCAGAUCACAUCCUGGCCGCACGUCAAGAUCAGAUCCCAGCCACACAUCUGCGUCAGUGGAGCGGCUGGCUGCGCCACGUGGUGUGCAGGGAGCUGUGCCAGCUGCGCACGCGCCAGCUGUUUGACAUCAUCGUUGACUACCCCGACUCCGCCCCGGCUAUAGACGACCUUAAAGAGUGCCUUGAGUCCGACACCACUGGCUUCCCUGCCGGUUGGUCUGGUGCUGGUGUGGCGGGACCUGGCACUGCCGCUCUUGCUGCCGCUGCCCCUCCCCUGAUUGCUCUGGUUGGGACACAAAAGGUCGGAGGAGGGGAAUGGGGAGGGGGAGUAUGGGGGGCAGGGCUGGGGUGGGACGGUGGUGGGGAUGGGAGCGCGCAUGCGAGGCUGGUGGCCUCGUUCCGGGCGGCGCUGACCAAUCGGCUGCUGACAGCUGGCGCGUCGACGGCUGACAUCCUGCAGCAGUAUGUGUCGGCGAUCCGGGCUCUGAGGCGCGUUGACCCAUCGGGGGUGGUGCUGGAGGCAGUCAGUGAGCCGAUCAGGCAGUACUUGCGCGGGAGGAGGGACACCAUUCGCUGCAUCAUGACUCUGCUGACUCAGCACCCCUCAGCAGCGCCAGCUGGAGCCACCAGGGGCGCUGCUGACGUGGCGGAUGACGUGGCAGGGGAGGCAGGGGACCCGGGUGACCUGUCGCUGCUGGAGGAGCUGAGCCGGGCGGCGCAGGGGGGGGAGGGGGAGGCCGGGGGGGUGGGGAAGGGGAGGAAGAAGGGGGAGAGCUGGGGGAAGAUCUGGCUGCGGCUUUUGCUGCUGCUGAGCGUGGCCAACUGGCAGCCUGACCCUAUCGACGCUGACCCGUGGCGUUCCUCCAGCCAGUCGCAGCGCUCAAAGGACAUAGUGCGCGUGCUGGUGGGCGUGUACGGGUCUCGGGAGGUGCUGGUGGGGGAGUACCGCGGCAUGCUGGCGGAGCGGCUCAUAGGGCGCGCUGGAUAUGACACGGACCGCGACGUGCGCACACUGGAGCUGCUGAAGCUCCGUUUCGGCGAGUCCAACCUGCACGCGUGUGAGGUGAUGUUAAGAGACAUGGCGGACUCAAAGCGCAUCAACGGCAACGUGAAGCAGGCGAUCAAAGUGGCGAGGGAGAAGGAAGCUCAGCUCGCGGCUGAGGCCGCUGCCUUUGAAGCCCGUGCGAAGGUGUACAUGAGGAGACGAGGCGUAGUCACUGGGCCGGGGGGUGGAGCAGCAGUAGUGCAGAGAGGGGGAAGGGGUGGCGAGGGAGGUGUAUCCGGGUCAGGUGUUCCUGGUUCAGGUGUAUCUAGGCCGGGUUCAUCUGGCUCGGGCUCGUCCGGUUGGUCGCAGGCCCACACACCUGAGCACCUGGUGGUCAGGGGCUUGGCACCGCUCUCCACCCCUCCGGACCGAGCUACAGGGGGGCCGGCCGGGGGGGGAGGGGGAGGAGGAGUAGGGGAAGGGGGAGGAGGAGUGCUGGGGGGAGCGCAGUGGUUCACUCCAGAUUCGUACGCUUCUCCCCCACCCGCUGCUGCACCUCAAGCGCCAACCGGUAAUGGGAGGGGGGGGGGGGACGGGAAGAGAUUUUUCUGGAGCCGCUGCCCCUGCCCCCCGUGCAGCCCGGCCGAAUCUUUUGUCCCGCUGGGCUCGUCUGCGACCGGACCUGCGGGCGACACCGUUGUUUUCAGGAGAACGUUCCGCAGAUCGCGGGCAGCCCGGAAAUUCUGGCCGGACUCCGGGCCAAUCAGGAGGCGGCAGCUCAGCAGUGGGUGGAAACAGGAGUGGUGGGAGAGUUGCUCAGGGGGGCUUUUGGGACAUGAUGGAUGCCUUGGGGGGGGAUGGGGGGGGGAUGAGAACGCAGAGAGAAGGGGAGGUGGGGAGGAGGAGGGUGAGGUGGAAGGAGUGGAGGAAGAGGAGGAGCGGAAGGGCGAGGAGAAGGAGCAGUUGCUAACGCCUGAGAACCUAGACGCCACAAUAGUGUCGGCUCUCUUUUGGCCGACUUUCCAAGAGGAGUCGGUGCGGUUACCAGAGCCAGUAACCAAGUUGAUGGACGACUACGCAGCGAAUUACGCCACGCUGAAAGCGCCUCGCAAGCUACAGUGGAAGGCGAACCUCGGGUGCGUUACACUCGAGCUGGAGUUUGGCAAUGGCCGUAACACGCAGCAGUACACUGUAACACCUGUCCAAGCCGCCAUCAUCCUCAAAUUCCAAACUUCUGGAGGAGGGCAAAAAAGUGGGGAAAACGCGGCUGAGGGUGCAGAAAACGGAGAGGGUAAUACGGAGGAUGAGGCGAGACCGCAGUGGGCGGCAUCUGAGCUGGCAGCAGCGGUGGGCCUCCCAGUGCCGGUGCUGCGUCGGCGAAUCACGUUCUGGGUGAACCAAGGCGUGAUUGUCGAAUCGAUCGCCACCAAUCGCUCCCCUCCUGAGCCUCUCUUCACGGUGGUAGACCACCAGGUAGACCCCACUGCUGCUGCUGCUCGGGCUGGGGAUGGAGAUGGUGACACCGAUGCCGAUGCUGCUGCUGCUGAGGGGGGUGGUGCUGGGUUGGGUGCGGUGCGAGGCGACGGUGGGGAGGCGGAGGAGAUGGUAGCCGGAGGAGGGUUACUGAUGGAGGACGAGGAGGAGGAGGGUGGCGGCAUGGUGGCGUCGCUGGAGGCGCAGAGGAGGCAGGAGAGCGCGGUGCACGAGUCGUUUAUCACAGGCAUGCUCACCACCUUCGACGGCCUCCCUAUAGAGCGCAUCCACAACAUGUUAAAGAUGUUUGUGUCUGAUCCGCCGUACGACCGCUCGCUGCCUCAGUUGCACGCAUUUUUGGGGGUGCUGGUGGCACAGGAGAAGCUGGAGCUGAGGGAUGGGCUGUACCGAAAGAAGAAGUGAAAGUAGUGUGCUGUGUGUACUUCCGGUGGCCUCAAGAGGCACCGCAUGGAGACAGGCGCACGCUGCAGUAGCGACCGGUGUUCCUGGAGCAUCCAGGUUCCGGUCAGUUAGUGUGUCUUGCAUUGGACUGCCACAGAGCUUGUGAAUUACCGGUUGCAGUGCAGCAUGUGUGCACAAUCUAC